CCCCGAGUCACAUGUCAGUGUGAGGCACAACCCCCAGAGUUGCUGUUGCUACACUGACCGACCUAAAUACUUGUAUACUCACACGGAGAAGCAACACAGACUGGAUCCCUUAGCUGGAAGUGGAGAGAGCCAGGGGAACUUCUUACCCAGUGAGUUUGCUUUGUGAGCUGCUGUGUUUGCUUUUGGUCACAUUUCUCCUGCUGGUUUGACUCACCCUGAGAAACUGACUGCUACUCAAACCCACAGAGGUGCCUGUCCUGGCCAGACCUGAGGAGCCUGACCUCUCCUCUCAGAUACAGAGAAGCACACAGAGUUUUUCUCAGGAGCAAAAUGCCGGCAAAGACGCCAAUAUACUUAAAAACUACAACUCCCAAGAAGGGAAAGAAGCUGAAGCUACGUGACGUCCUCUCAGGUGACAUGAUCAGCCCCCCGCUGGGCGACGUACGUCACAGUGCCCAUGUGGGUCCCGAAGGGGAGGGCGACAUGUUUGGAGACGUGGGUUUCCUCCAGGGUAAGAUGGACAUGCUGCCGUCCCUGAGCCGGACACAAAACGGUCACGCACGCUCGCAAAGCGUGGAGAGACGCCUGGACGAGGGCUUCACUGCCAAACAGGACUCACACAACUACGCCUACAACGGUUACCACUAUCAGCACUCCUCCACCGGCCUGCUGAAGACCACCAUCUCCAUGCCUGUGUUCAUCGCCCACGAACAGGCUCCACCCAAACCCCCACGCCUCCACCUGGACGACCCCUCCCCUCCCUCUCUGCCCUCUCAGCAAAACUACUUCCACCAGCAGCAGCAGCAGCAGCAGCAGCAGCAGCAGCCGUAUACAGAGACAAGCCACAAACAGUCCAACGGCCACAGUCACACAGACAACCACAGCCAGCAGCACCCGACUCUGUCGCUCUGUGAGAACGGCGUGGUGGGCCGCUUGGCGUCAGAGCCCUGCCGUGACAUCUCCCUCUCCCCCGCCAUCCGCAGGCUCGUCCCCUCCUCCGGCUCCUUCUCAGAGGUCUCCUCUGAGGACUCCAUGUCAGAAACCUGCGGGCCCCUGGACGUUCGCCGGGGCCUCAGUCUGGACUCUGACGCUGGUCUGAGCAACGAGGAUCUGAGGAGUGAACGCAGCGAGUCUCCCUGUGCGGCCUUUCACCCGGCCGGUCUCACAGCCUCAUCCAGUGUGUCACGGUCAGAGUCUAUGGUAGGGUUAGACCUAGAUCUGGGUCCAUCCAUCCUGGAGGAUGUCCUGAAUAUCAUGGACCGCUACAAGACUGUGGACAACCGCUGUGAGCUGUGAAUGGAAAGAUUAAUGUGAUGUACAGAUAUUUUUAUAUAUGGUUUAAUAUAUCCUUAAAACUUUGAAGAGACUUUGAGGAGGAAAAGGGAUGGAGGAAUGGAAAAUGUAGGUGGAGAAAUGUCUUCUUGGAGAAGAAUGACAGCUGAGUUUAAAGGUAAUGAAAGACUUACUGAGCUGAGAGGCAUGUGGACAUUAUUGUUAAGUGCUGGGACGUCGCUGCCUGAGAUGACAACAGCCGAGGCAACAGGCUGGUCCUUAGGAGCCUUUCUCAAAGCUGAACCUCAGACUCAUAAACAUUCAGACCGUGAGAUGACAAUGAGCAGAUCUGCAGUCAUGUAGUUAUCAUGAACCUUGGCAACACACCCCCCUUCUCCGGACAAAAUAUCAGCCACUAUCCAUAAUAUAUUGUCUGUUCAUGUUUCUGCUUGUUAAUGGCCAACUGACUCAGAUAUAAAUGUCUCAACUGACCUGGGAAAAUGGGAGAAAUCACCAGCUGUGAACAAUAUUCAGUAGCAGCAGGACUCACUUAACCAUGGUGGAAACCAUAGCUACUAAUAGGUCUUUUUUUUUUUUUUUUUUUU